AUGACUAGCGAAGACGAAAUUCGUGCCUUUAUUGCGCAGCACCGCAUAUUACUGGCCAAAGAGCGCGACGCUGAAGUACAACGGUCUUCACUGUUGCUCUCAAACUGUAGUCCGAGACUACUGGAGCAGAAAGGCCUCGCACUUCUCGGCCUCGGAGUCGUCAAUGUCAACAUAGGUUUGGGAGCAAAGACACUCGUCGAGCUAGAGCGGCCGACAGCAUACCACUCAUCACCACUCUUCCCUCCGCAUACCCUGAGCAGGCCCGGAGAUCUCGCACGCGUCGAAGAGCAUAUCGCAGAUUCUUCGCGCAAGAAGGCGAGUGGUGCUAAAGGCAAGAAGACGGAUGCUAGUGAUGGAUCGCACCGCCGCGCGGCAGAGGGUGUCAUAUACAAGGUAUCCGAUGUUCGAAUCGUAAUAGCGCUGGAUGCAUCAGAAUCUAGCGGCGACAAUCUGGAUUUACCUGAAAGGUGUCGGGUGGUCAAAUUGGCCAACAGCGUGACCUAUGAUAGAAUGGACAAAGCCUUGGAUCAGCUAGAGAAAGUAGUGCUCUCCGAGGGCAGUAACCCUGCGGGUGACCAGUCUGCGCCGAGACUCACGCCUCUCAUCCGUGUGCUGAUGGGGAUGCAGGCACCGUCAGAACGCGUGCCAAUGAGAGACAUUAAGUUCUUUGAUGACGGUCUGAAUUCCAGCCAGCAGGAUGCUGUGCGCUUCGCCCUCGAGUCGCCAGAGGUGGCUUGCAUCCAUGGGCCGCCAGGGACAGGGAAGACACACACGCUGAUCGAGAUCAUACGUCAGCUCACGUCGGUAUCCGAGCACAAUGCGCGCCCCCUGCGCCUGCUGAUAUGUGGUGCAUCGAAUUUGGCGGUGGACAAUAUCCUGGAGCGGCUUCUUGCAUUACCCUCUCGGACGGGCAGUGAGAAGCUGAGGGCGACGCGGAUUGGGCAUCCAGCGCGUAUCAUGGCGCAUGAGGGCGUACUGGAUGCGACGCUAGAGGUCAAGGCCAGUCGGAGUGACCAGGCUGCUCUGGCGAAAGACGUGAAGAAUGAGCUGGAGGCUGCACUGGACAUGCUGUCAGGGAAAGGCAAGGGCGCAAAAGGGAAGGGGCCACGGGGAGCGGAGCGGAAGAAGAUGUGGGAGGAGGUGAAGGCGCUGCGUAAAGAAUAUCGGCAACGCGAAGGCGGGGUGGUAGAAAUCUAUGAUGGUGAUGAUGACCGUCGUGCAUUGCAGGUGGUCAUUGCGACAUGCUACUCUGCGGGCGGUCGUCAGCUGCGCAAUCAUCAGUUCGAUGUUGUGGUCAUUGAUGAGGCGACGCAGGCUAUGGAAGCGGUGUGCUGGAUACCGAUAUUCAAGGCGAAGAAGUUGAUCCUUGCCGGGGAUCCGAUGCAGCUACCACCAACGAUUCUUGCUGUUGACAAGAAGAGAAAGAAGAAAGCUGGCAAAACUGAGAAGGCCAAGGGACAUGUCAACGGGUCACAGAAGGCGCAGACUCCGAAAUUGCAGAAGAAUCUUCACGUACCCCGCUCAUUAGAGACAACUCUGUUCGACAGACUGGAGAAGAUGUAUGGCCCGGGGAUCAAGCGCAUGCUGAAUGUGCAGUACCGAAUGCACGAACAGAUCGCUGCGUUCCCGUCGAAGGUGAUGUACCAGAACAAGCUUGCAGCACACGCGUCCGUCGCCUCGCACCUCCUGCGCGAUCUGCCCAACGCACGAGCGGAGAACGAUGAGGACGAGAAGGAGGUUCUUGGCACGCCGGUCGUGUUCUUUGACACGGCAGGAUGCGAAUAUUACGAGCGGACCGAGGGAGACGGUGACGAGGGCAGUCGGUGCAACGAAAACGAAGUAACUGUGGUCAAGAACCAUGUGGAUCAGCUAGUUGGAGCAGGCAUCCUGCCGUCUCAAAUUGCCAUUAUUACACCGUAUCAGGCGCAAGUGUCGCUCCUGACGACACUGCUGCGGCCGGUCUACGGUCCUGAUCUCGAGAUCGGGACGGUGGACGGGAUGCAGGGCCGGGAGAAGGAGGCUAUCGUGAUCAGCCUUGUCAGAAGCAACGAGACGCGCGAGGUUGGGUUCCUGAAGGACAAGCGAAGACUGAAUGUUGCCAUGACGAGAGCAAGGCGACAUCUGUGCAUUGUUGGAGACUCGUCUACUCUGCAGCAUGGAGGACGUUUUCUCAAGCAGUGGAUGGGAUGGCUGGAAGGUCAUGCCGACGUACGAUAUGCUGGCAUCGAGUGAGCGACCUGCAGGGACGGCUGGGUGGAUUACCAUUUCUUCUUCUGGCUAGUUACUUUGUAUAUUGGCCGCACCGUAGAAGCACCGGUGCCUCCCAGGAGUGCGCGCGCAAUCAUCAUGCACAAAGCAUUGGCUGCUAACUUAGUAAGAACAUGGUGUUCUCAGCAGCCAAUGCUGUGUGCAUUUCACCGGCACGCCCCUGCUGGGCCCCGCGCCCUUAGAGCCAGAUCAGCACACUGCUCUCGUAAUACAAACGCGUCCGCGUUUGAAUUAGCCAAGAGCCAUCGAUAGGACAGCUCGCCGUUGACGAUCACUGAAGUACCGGUAUCCUGGCUUCAGCAUGUUCCUCUGUCGGGUAGCAUACUGUGGAGUACGGGGUUUUGCAAAACAUUUUGAUGCCUGGG